CCAUAUUUAUAAAAUUCCACCAAACCUAAUUAACACACUCUCUCUCUCUCUCUCUCUGAAGCCUGAAACUGAAAUCCAUUGAAGCGUGGUUGGCUCACCUCCUCGCCUUUCCUCUCUCUCUUGGUCACUGGUUCGCCGGAGCUACCUCCUCGCCUUUCCUCUCUCUCUCUCUCUCUCUCUCUCUCAGCUGUCCUGUUCCUGUUCCUGUUCGCAUUGUUGCCUAAAACUGAAGGAUGGGUGAGAUCCUUCUAGGUAUGCCUGGACCUUGGGCUGAUAAUUAUUGUGAAUCAUCUGAUCAUUAUACAACAAAAGUUGGUGGAAUUCCUGAUUGGCCUCUUCCUAAGGAUGCCCUAAAUUAUACACUUCUUGAGUGUAGUGUGUGUGGAAGAAAACUCAGUCUUGUUGCACAGGUUUAUGCUCCAAUUUUGAGUAAAAGCUUGAAGGUAGAAGAGCGCACUAUUUUUAUUCUUGGUUGUUUGAUGCCAAAGUGUGGGAGCAAUCCUCUUAGCUGGCGAGCGCUUCGUAUUCAGAGAUUAAGUAAAGAGGAGGAUUCAAAUAUCAUGUCUCGAGAAAAGGUCGAGCAAGGUGAAUCUGUUACAAAGAUGAACUUAUGGGAGGAUUUGGAUGAUGAAAAUGACGAAGAGUUGGAUCUAGAAGAGUUGGGUAAAGCACUUUCUGAUGCUGCAGCUAAGGCUUCUUAUGCCAAGAAACCUCAUUGUGAUGGGCAUCCAAAGACCAAGAAGCCCUCACCAUUAAGCACAACAUCGCACGUUGAAGAUACUAACAUACCAGUUUUACCUUGCUUUUACAUAUACACGCAAGAGGAGCCACUAUCAAAAGAUGUUAAUUCAAUUUGUUCAAACUAUUCAUCACUUUCCAUUAAGGCGAAUGGAACUAAUGAUGAAGAUAAUGUACCGGAAGAAUCGUGGGCAGAUGAAAAGUAUGAAUACGAUAGAGCGUUAACAGCUGACAGGACUUAUUUGAAGUUUAAGAAACGAUUGGAUGCAUACCCAGAACAAUGUUUCAGGUACUCAUUAGGUGGAAAGCCGCUUGUAUCUGAAAAAGUGGAAGCGGACCCUAGGAAGUGUAGGUUGUGUGGCAGUUCAAGACACUUUGAAAUGCAACUAAUGCCGCCGUUAUUGUAUUUUCUACAAGAAGCGGCUGAUGAUCUUCAAAGACAAUCACUGGAAAACUGGAACUGGAUGACACUGUCAAUAUACACUUGUUCUGCCAGCUGUUCGCUUUCUUCUGAUGAAGAGAAUAUUAGCUGGAGUGAGGGUUGGACUGUGGCGGAAGAAGCUGUAACAGUAGAAUCUGAGAAAUCUUUACAUGAGUUGGCAGAACCUGGUUAUUUCAUUUCGUCUCAUCAUGAGCAGUAGGGGAGGGGCAUACAAAUAGUUAUCAACCAAUACGGGGUGCAGGAAAUGCCUAGAGCUUUUGAGAUGGAGAAUUCUGGGGUUGGUCCUCUGGUUUGCCCCCGAAUACAACAGCAAGUGUUUCGAUUUUCACUGAUGUAGCCUGCCGUCGAGGAGUUUAAUAGUCUGAUAGUGGAAGCUUCAGUUCUCCAGCAUGCUUGAGGCUGAGACACUGGCUUUGCUCCAUGCAGCUGCGUCCUGCAGGUCGAGCGAGGGGUUGGAACAAUCCUGUUUUUGUUAUGGAUUGUAAAACCGAGGUGGAGGGAUAGUUCAGUUUUUAUGCUUUUAUUUGAUGUUUUGGAUAUGUUGUCUAAAUCCCAGGUUUGUCGGGUUAAUUGCUGACUGACUGGACUUUUCUUUGUGGAGAGGAGGUAUUAAACUCCUUUUCGAGGAAUGGAAAGAGUUAAUCAUUUAAAAAUCUUAAAUUUGCUCAGAAAUAAUUGUUGCAGUUACUAUGAUAUGUAAAUAAUUUUAACUGAAGAUGCUUAUAUACAAGCCAAAAUAAAGCUGAAAGACUUUCUUGAGACAA